AUGACUGAUAAAGACGACUUCAACGCCGCUGCAAACAUAAUGAUACCUAUUGAGAACCCUGAAGGUUCUCGAAACAUGAUGGACAUCCAAAAUGAAGAGAAAAUGGCUCACAUGGAGCAAGAACUCGAGAUCUUGAGAGAAGAAUUACGUCAAGUGCGAGACUUGGCCAAACUAUCGGCUACCACUUUCCCUACUUUCAAGACGCCUAUCUACUUCGCAAAAGCUGACUUCCCAAAUCAGCCAGAACAAACUCAACGCGCUCCUACUCACGGUCAAGUACCACCAACUUCUCCAACCGCAGUCAGAACCAUUCCCGACCUUUCCAACCGCGACCCUACCAUACCCACAACGCAGCAGAUACUUGGGGCACAUGUCGUCGCUCCUUAUGAGACACAUGUUCCACCCGUAUAUGCUGCUGGGGCUCCUACCUUCACUAUGCCAGCUGUGAUUAAUACCCCAUACGAGGUCGAUCAAUAUGAAGAAAUGGAGAAAGAUGCUCGGUUGAAAGAAGACGCGUCGAUAAAUGCCCAGCUUCAGGGUCUGAGAAAAGCAUUGAAAAGCUUACAAGUCACUAGAGGGACAGAGAGUCUGGAUUAUGAUAACUUGUGCAUUCAUCCAGACAUUGACAUGCCAGUAGGGUACAAACCACCGAAGUUUGACAUGUUCGAUGGAAAGGGCGACCCUCACGCACAUUUAAGGGCAUACUGUGACAAGUUAGUCGGUGUAGGGAGAAAUGAGAAGUUGAGGAUGAAGUUGUUCAUUCGGAGUCUGUCUGGAGAAGCAUUGACCUGGUACACCCGCCAAGACCCUCGCAAAUGGCGUGACUGGCAGGAAAUGGCCGAGGACUUCAUGACUCGUUUCAGAUUCAAUACUGAAAUUACUGCUGACAGAUUCUCAUUGGCCAAUAUACAGAAGAAGCCAUCUGAGAAUUUCCAAGAAUAUGCACGACGUUGGAGAACUGAGGCCGCGAGGGUGCAACCACCACUAGAUGAGAGUGAGCUCUCGAAGUACUUUAUUCGAGCUCAAGAAGGUAUCUACUUUGACAAAAUGAUGUCAAUGAUGGGUCAAAAGUUUGCAGAAUUGGUCAAGAUGGGAGACUUUAUAGAGGAAGGUGUUAAAUCUGGGAAGAUUCAGUCUAUGGUCGCAUUGCAAGCUGCAAGUAGGGCUAUACAAUCGGGUUCCAUUGGCGGCAUCAAAAAGAAAAGGGAGGAUGUUUCAGCUGUCACUUACCAACCAGGAGGACCAUCUCACCGAUACCCCAAUAAUCCCCAAAUCGCUGCGCAUACUUCAUACGUCCCAGUGUAUAAUACCCAACCACACUAUAACCCACCCCGAGCACCAGCAUACCAAAACCCUCCAAGACCAUAUGUCCCUGUCCAAGCACCAAUUCACCAAAAUAGACCAGCAUAUGCACCAAGACCACGUCCAAAUCCUGAAGCUAGAAAUGCUCGCGCUUACACACCGAUUGCUGAGCCCUAUGCUCAAUUGUUUGAGAGGUUGAGGACAGCGGGAGUGCUGCAACCAGUUGAAGGAAAACUUCCUGAUCCAAUCCCUCGUAAUUUUGAUGGGAACAAGAGAUGCGCUUACCACUCGGGAGUCCAGGGACACGACACAGAAGAUUGUUAUGGUUUGAAGAACCAGAUCGAGUCUUUGAUCAGAAGAGGAGUAAUCAAAUGCACUUCAGCACCUCCCAAUGUGAACAACAAUCCCUUGCCGAAUCAUGAGAAUCGGGAAGUCAACAUGGUUACUCUGGAUGACGAAUAUGGGACCCCCGAUUAUCCAAACAUAGAUGAAGCGGAUGCCAUGACGUCUUCGGCGCAACCUGUUAUCACUGUUCAACUAAGGGAACCUCUGACUGUCCAAACAUACCUCCCAAGAGUUGUAGUGACCACUCUAAUUGCUAAGAAGCUUGAGUAUGACACCAAAGCAGUCCCUUGGGACUAUCGAGCAAGUGCCAAGGGUAAAAUGAUCGACACUGCCGUGGCUCAAGGGAUGACUAGGUCAGGGAGGUGCUAUGCCCCAGAAGACCUAAAUCAAAGAGUUCUCGGAAAAGAACAGAAUCCAAAGGAGAAUAUUACCGAUGCUGAAGCCGCAGAGUUUUGGAAGAAGAUGCAGUCUAAAGACUAUUCAGUUGAAGAACAGUUGAAGAAGACGCCAGCCCACAUAUCCAUUUGGUCUUUGCUUAUGAGUUCUGAAGCUCAUAGGAAUGCUUUGAUGGAGGUGUUAAGCGGAGUGAUAAUUCCAAAAGAGACCACAAGUGAGACCUUAGCUGCAACGAUUGGAAGAAUAGUGGAAGCUAACAAGAUUUCUUUCCACGAUGAUGAGUUGCCUGCAGAAGGGGCUGGUCACAACAAAGCGCUUCACAUCGCAGUCAAAUGUUGUGAUAAGAUUGUGACUCGAGUUUUAAUUGAUGGUGGCUCUGGAUGCAACAUCUGUCCUUUCACCACACUGACAAAUUUAGGUGUUAAUAUGGGAGAGAUAAAGGAAAGUCGUGUAAAAGUUAGAGCCUUUGAUGGAGCGCAAAGAAGUGUCAUCGGAGAGAUACAUCUCACAUUGAAGGUGGGGCCGGCUGAAUUCCCCAUUCUAUUUCAAGUGAUGGAUGUAUCAUCCAACUACAACCUGUUGUUGGGAAGACCAUGGGUUCACAUGGCAAAAGCUGUUCCUUCCACCCUUCAUCAAUGUGUAAAGUUUGAGUGGGGUCACACAGAAGUUACCAUCCACGGAGAACUCAGUCACCCCAUUCAUUCUGUUAAUUCUAUCCCAGUCACCGACGAGUUAGACGGAGCCACUUUUCACACUUUGGAAAUCAUGCAAGCUAUAAGGAUUAAUGAGGGAGCAGAGGCCGAAGAUACCAAGUUGUCAAGUGCAGCAAAAAUGGUUGCGUCAGAAAUGUUGAAGUAUGGGUAUCAGCCUAAGAAUGGACUUGGACCCAAGUCUAAUGGCAUAGUUGAGCCGAUCCAGCUGAAGCAUCAGAGAGGCACCAACGGACUAGGAUAUGAGCCUACCUUUGGAAGAGACUGUCACAGGUCAAGCGAUACAAUCUUUGUACCAGAACAAUCUUCUAUUCCAAAUCAAGCUGGCGUUGAUGACAUCACAGAAGGAUUAGGCAAUCUGUUCGUGGACAUGGCUGGAGAAGAGGAAGGGAUAAAUCUCAACAAGUUGACCAUUCGUAAUGCCAAACCUGGAGAGAUCUUGCAGAAUUGGACCACUAGCCCGUCCCUGUUUCAACCAAAGUCCUGGUAG